AUGGAUGACGUUUCGCCGCAACACCACGCUGGAGAGAAGAUGGCCGCUCACGAGGUGCAUAGCGACGCGCCGCUCCGCGACGGCUCAAGAGAUGAGGACGGCAGCCGACCGAGCGGCCAAGACGCACAUGCUGUGCGCGAGCAGCACAGCGACAAUCAACAUGCGCAUGGCCAUCAUCGCGUGUACCGACGACGCUGGUUCGGCCUGCUGCAACUAGUACUCCUGAAUGUCAUCAUCAGCUGGGAUUGGCUGACGUUUGCUGCCGUUUCCUCCGACUCUGCCGAGUACUUCCAUGUCACCGAGACCGCUAUCAACUGGCUGAGCACGGCAGUUCUGUUCGCCUUUGUCGCCACCAGCCCCAUUGUCCUCACGACUCUUCACCGCGGACCGAAACCCGCCAUCAUCACCGCUAGCAUCUUCGCUUUAAUCGGGAACUGGGUUCGCUAUGCUGGUACGCGGGCUGGCUCGCACGGCUACUUCGGAGUCGUCAUGUUCGGCCAGAUCUUGAUCGGGAUAGCGCAGCCGUUUGUGCUCGCCGCGCCCACUCGAUACAGCGACCUCUGGUUCACCGAGCGCGGCCGCAUCUCUGCAACGGCAUUGGCAUCGUUGGCCAAUCCAUUCGGCGGUGCUCUGGGCCAGCUCAUUGACCCUUUCUGGGCGACCAAGCCGAGCGAGAUACCGAACAUGGUGCUAUACACUGCUAUAAUCGCCACCGUUGCCGCCAUCCCCUCCUUCUUCAUCCCAGCCCGGCCUCCGACACCGCCCUCCGCCUCGACCACGCCCAAACCAACCGCCGUCCUCCCCUCCCUCCGCUUCCUCGCCCUCAACCCGACCUUCUGGCUGAUCCUCCUCCCCUUCGGCGUCUACGUCGGCUUCUUCAACGCCUUCUCCUCCCUCCUCAACCAAAUCCUCUACCCCUACGGCUUCACCUCGACCGACGCCGGCAUCUGCGGCGCGCUGCUCAUCUUCGUCGGCCUCGCCGCGUCCGCGAUCCUCUCGCCGCUGCUGGACCGGCGCCAUCCGAAGCCCUACCUGCGCACCAUCAAGCUCUUCUGCCCCGUCAUCGGCGCCUGCUACCUGGCCUUCAUCUGGGCGCCGCCGACGCGCUCGCUCGCCGCGCCCUACGUCGUCUCGUCCGUCCUCGGCGCCGCGUCCUUCGCCCUCGUCCCCGUCGCCCUCGAGUACCUCGUCGAGGCCACCUGGCCCGCCGCCAGCCCCGAGGCCGGCUCCGUCCUGUGCUGGACCGCGGGCCAGCUGUUCGGCGCCAUCUUCAUCGUCAUCAUGAACGCGCUCAAGGAGCCCGGGUGUAGCAGCACCAAGCAGUGCGAGGAGAGCGGCAAGCACAGCACCGGCUGGAAGCCGCCCGGUAGCAUGUGGCGCGCGCUCAUUUUCCAGGCUGUCGUGGCGCUGGCGGUGCUGCCGGCGCCGUUGUUGCUGGGCGUGAGGAGGCUUGGGUUGGGUGCGGGGCAUAGGAAGGGGAGGAUGGAGGCUGAGGAUGCGGAGGAGAGGGGCGAGGUCGAGGAGAGCGGGGAAGGUGGUGGGGAAGCUGGAAGGUCGUAA